CUUCUUCAACCUCUUAAAUCUCAAAUUCUCUCAAUCCUCAGCUUCUUCUUCUUCUUCUUCUUCUUCUUCCAUCUUCGCUUCAACAACAAUGUCUAAUUUCACUUAUACUUCUGCUUUCAACUUAUCUGACUCCCCUUUUGAUUCCGCCAUUGCUUCUUCUUCCUCCGCGUUCGUCGUACCUUCCGAUGAUGAUUCCGACGACGCUUGCAGCAUCUGUCUCGAGCCUUUCACUCUCCAGGAUCCUUCCACUGUCACCAGUUGCAAACAUGAAUAUCAUCUUCAGUGCAUCAUUGAAUGGUCACAGAGAAGCAAAGAGUGUCCUAUUUGCUGGCAAUUGUUUGUUUUGAGAGAUCCUGCUAGCCAAGAGCUUUUGUCUGCUGUGGAAAAGGAACGACUUUUGAAAACCAGGAACAUUUCUUCAUCAUCUCCAAUAUCUAUUCAUCACUCUCAGGAGGAUUUUCACUCUGAGGAGGAGGAAUCGCAGUUUAGCAGCUUUGAUGAACAGUUCUUGAGGCAUCUCACUGAAGCUGCCCAUAGACGUUGUUUGCUUCGCAGAAGGGAUGGUCAAAUAUCCUCAAGUCUUGUUUCGUCCACUGAUCCCACUACAAUUCAUCCUACUGAUUUGGUCAAUCUUUAUCGUAUCUCUGCUAUUUCCCAUGUUGAACAUCAAAACACAAACCCUUGUCCAAGUCCUGGCUCAAUGACCGCAUCUCCUGUCUCUGGUCACUCUCCCGUUCCUGCAGAUAGCAACAACGCAUCCAGAAUCUCCCCUGGCCUUUCUCCAUCUCGUUCAUCUCAAAGUCCAAAUCGACCUGAAGCUUCCUCGCUUCCGGAAGCCAUUAAAUCCAAACUAGCUGCUGCUUCCGCAAAGUACAAAGAAUCGAUCUCUAAAAGUAAACAAGGUCUCAAAGAGAAGCUACUUGCUCGCAAUAACUCUGUGAAAGAAUUGAGCAAAGGAGUGCAACGUGAGAUGAAUGCAGGAAUAGCUGGUGUUGCACGAAUGAUCGAACGCUUGGAUUUUUCUUCAAAACGUUUUGGAGGGUCUGCUCAUGUAUCAACCUCCACUGCUACUGCUUCUGGAUUCAAUUUCUCAUUCAAAGGGAAGCGUGUAGAAACCAAUUCUAAGUCUAGCAACAAUGGGGACAAAACCGAACCCCAAAAGCUGCAGGGAGGAGAAACUUGCUGAGGCAAUCAGAUAAAUGGAGAGAGGCCUUUAAUGCAAGCGAUGUACGUUUCCAUUGAAUCAAUUUACCCGUUGGUCUUCGCAUCCUGCAUUGUUCCAGAGCUCACGGUCUUGUCUCUCUCUCUCUCUUUCUCUCUCUGUUACUUUUGCGAUGAGUACUUUUAGAAGGCUAAAAUAAGCAACUGAGUAAUCUUUUUAUUACUCGAUUUUUGCGGAGUCAAAACUAUAAUAUUUAUUAAUUUCAAAAGAUAAUGUUAUAUGUUUUUUCACUAAGAAUUGGAUUAGUCCGCUGUAAUUGUAAUCAUGAUUGCAUUAUGAUUCUAUUUA